UAUUGUUGAGAGUAAGUCCAGUAUUUAAAUAUACAGUCAAUUAUUGUUUGUUGAUUUGUUUUGCCCCUUUACUGUCUUUACACAGCUCAGGAAUACUCAGUUGGACAGUGGGCUGUUUAUAGUUUCAUUCAUUUGGUGUGUGUGCAUUGUGCUUUUAUGAAUACUUUACUUCUGUUGCUGUUUAUUCAGCUGUGUAGAAGAUCUAAACAUCUUUGGGUUUCAGUGAAGUGCAAUUUGAUAAUACAGAAAAAUCUAUUUUACCUGCUUCCUUGUUACUCUGACUUACAUUGAACAGGUGCCUCAACUUACCUGCUAUAUUAUUUCAGGUAUGUGUUUGUACUUACAUCUUUAGACUAGACUGUGAUCUCCUUUCAGAAUCAAAAUUGUAUGUAUGUUAUUCGUGCUAGGAAUAAGCAUUUUGAUAUACAUAUAAAGGCAACUUUAUGGUGGUAUUUUUUUUCAACCUGCAAAGUUAAUAAUACAAGUACAAAAAUUGUAAUUUUUUUCUUUGCAUUGCCAUAUAAAUUUCAAAGUAAGCUACAUCAUAUGUAAGGAAUAUAUGUGACACUUCCAAGAAAACCUCUCAGGCUUCUUGUAUUGUGAUUACAAGCUGAUAUGUUGAGGAGAAAUAUGCUGUUACAGGUGUUGAUGUCUUUUGAGGACUUGGCUGUGGAUUUUUCCUGGGAGGAGUGGCAGGACCUCGACAGUGCUCAGAGGACCCUGUACAGGGAUGUUAUGCUGGAGAACUACAGCAGCCUGCUGUCCUUGGGAUUCUGCAUUACCAAGCCUGAGGUCAUCUUCAAGUUGGAACAAGGAGCAGAGCCAUGGACAGUAGAGGACUCCCUAAACCAGAGUCUGUCAGUUGUUCAGAAAAUUGAUGACCUGAUUGAGACCAGCCAGGAAAAACAAGACAUAAAUUUAUGGCAAUUUGUAGUUACAAACAGCAACACAUCAACUAAGGAAAGAGUGGAAUUAAGAAAAACAUUUAAUUGGGGCUCAAGUUAUAUUUCAGAAUUUAUUUUAACGAAUGGAAGUUACUCACAACUUAGACCUCAUGUGUUUAAUCUCUGUCAGAAUGUGCUCCUCCCUGGGGAGCCUGCUGACAUGCAAGCUGAAGUCAAGUAUCGUGACUGUCAUAUGCCUGGGAAUUCUGUCAGAUGCUGUGGCCACCUUGAUGCACAUUAUGACCUUCAAGUUUUGCAUCAGCCUUUUGAAUAUAAUGAACAAGGGGAAACCUUCAACAGUGAGGAAUUAUUCUUCACACAUAAGAUGAUUCAAAUAGGAGAGACUUCCUAUAAAUACAGUGAAUGUGGAAAACUCUGUGACAAGUCAGCUGUCAUUGUUGGAGAGACAGCACCUAUAGGAAAGGAAGCAUUCUAUGGGAAGUGUAACCUCACUGAACAUCAGCAAGCACACAAAGAUGAGAAAGUCUCUGAAUGCAUUGAAUUUGGGGAAGCUUUCCUUAGCAAUGGUGAUCUUAUAAUAAAUCAGAGAACACAUGUAGGGAAGUAUGAGAAGCCUUUUAUCUGUAGACCAAGCUUUACUAUCAAUCACAGAAUUCACCAAGAGGGAAAGCCCUAUGAAUGCAAUGAAUGUGGAAAGACUUUCUACCACAAGUCAAACUGCAGCAGGCAUCAGAGAACUCACACAGGAGAGAAGCCCUAUGGAUGUAACGAAUGUGGGAAAACCUUCUUCAGGAAGUCACACCUCAGCAUGCAUCACAGAACACACACAGGAGAAAAGCCCUACGAAUGUAAUGAAUGUGGCAAAACUUUCUACCACAAGUCACAUCUCCGCAUGCAUCAGAGAACUCACACAGGGGAAAAACCUUACGGAUGUGGUGAGUGUGGAAAGGCCUUCUUUAGAAAGUCACAUCUCCGCAUGCACUACAGAAUUCACACAGGGGAAAAGCCCUAUGAAUGUAAGGAAUGUGGGAAAACUUUCUAUCACAAGUCACAUCUCAGCAUGCAUCAGCGGACUCAUACAGGGGAAAAACCUUAUGGAUGUGGUGAGUGUGGAAAGACCUUCUGCCGGAAGUCACACCUCAGUAUGCAUCAGAGAACUCACAGAGGGGAAAAGCCGUAUGAGUGUAGUGUAUGUGGGAAAACCUUCUACCAGAAGUCAAACCUCAGCAAGCAUCAGAGAACUCACACAGGGGAGAAACCUUAUGCCUGUAGUGUCUGUGGGAAGACAUUUUGUCAGAGAUCACAUCUCAGCAUGCACCAGAGAACCCAUACAGGGGAAAAACCUUAUGAAUGUAACGAAUGUGGAAAAAACUUUUACCGAAAGUCAGACUUGACUAUACAUCAGAGAACUCACACAGGGGAAAAACCUUAUGAAUGUAGUGAAUGUGGAAGAACUUUUUGCCAAAAGUCCCAUCUCAGCAGGCAUCACAGAACUCACACAGGUGAAAAACCCUAUGAGUGUACUGUAUGUGGGAAGACUUUCUGCAGGAAGUCAAACCUUAGCAUGCAUUUGAGCAUUCACACAGGGGAGAAGCCCUAUGAAUGUAAUGAAUGUGGGAAAACCUUCUGCCGGAAGGCAUACCUCAGAACCCAUCAACGGAUUCACACACGUAGGAAAGCGUAUGAGUAUGAAGAAUGGGAACAGUUUGUAUUGUAGGGCUCACUGAACAUCCACAGUCACACAGAGGAAAAGUCAAAGUGUAUUGAAUGGGAGAACCCUUUUCUGAGUCAAUCCUUGACAGAUGUCCCACAGAGAAGAUACCUUAAAUGUAAUGAGUAUGUGAAUACUUUUCCCUGAAGUCACACCU